AAUCUUUGGUUGUUAUGUCAUAGAGAACAAUGAAAAAAAUAUUGAUUGUAUUUUGUAUGGAGGGUACUAUUUUGUUGAAAACUAUUAGUUAUCAAUUCAUAUAAAUACCUGAGAUAUAUCUGGAAUAAGAUGGGAAGUGAACAUUCUUCGCAGUCUAACGCUGUAUCCAAAAGGCAAGGCCUCGAAUCAAAUCCCGGUAGAUUUUCGAAUUUGAGAAGACAAAAUACUAUUGCUAAUCCUGGGGGCUCUUCUUCCGAAUUUGAUAUUGAUGGAAACACGGGAAGACCUAGAUCUACUUCGCCAGGGCCUAGUUUGUGCAGCGAUGUAGAUCUACCUUAUAUAAGUUACACUGUUAAUAGACCAAUAGGAGAUUCUCCGAAGCUUCAGAACAAACAGCUUCUUAAAACGAAAUCAGCACCAAGAAAAAUACCCCAAAAACAGCCAAAAAAGGUCCCACAUAGUAUAGUUUUAGUAAAUCCAGCCCAGAGUAGUCCUAAUAUUGAAAAAGACCCUGAUGUGGAAAGAUUGCAAAGUAUACCUAUGUUUUUGCCUAUUAUGAGGGCCACCCUGAAUCUCCCAGCAGCUAGAGAUCCAGAAGUACUGGAAAGAUUAGAUCCUGCACCUCUUCUCAGGCUAUGUGCUAGAUAUCAAAGUCAUUUGACUGCUUGUGCCAAUCUAGUUGCUGUUGAACAAAAUGCACUCAGUAAUAAGAUCCGAGAGACAGAUGGCGAAAUAACAAAAGUAUUCAAUGCUGCAACUGAAAAACAGAAGAAAUUUGCCAAAUAUGCUGAAAAAUUGGGCAAAAUUCAUGACCUUUCUUCACAGCUGAACAAGUGUCACAUGUUGCUCAAUGAAGUUCUUGAGUCAAUGGAAACGUUGAAUAAUCAUCUAGACGUAGAUGAUAGGCUGGAGCCUUUUAUUUGGACCACUGGAUGAGUUUGAUUUUUCAGUUUUCAGAUGUGAAGAAUCUAGACAGAAUUAUUUAGUCACUGAACUACUGCAAGAAACACUUUUGAUCUCAUUUUAUAUUGGAAGGAAUCCUUUGACUAGAUUCAAAAGUAAAAUAUUUAUGAAUAAGUUCUAUUGUGUUAGUAAUGUUAUUUUAUUCUAUUUAUUUAUUUCUUCACAUUUCAUGUCGAUAUAUGUCAGAAUAAAAUAAAUUCCCAAUGAAAAAUCA